UGCAGCGUCUCAUUUAGAACAGCUGCCCACGCCAUGAAUUUCAUAACUUGCUAUGUUUGAAGUCGGCUCUUUGCAUAUUUACGCAGGAGAAAGUAAUCACGAUGAACAAAUUGAAUUCAUCAUUGAGAUAAUGAACGGAUCGUAAACGUCUCUGGUAUAAUUGAUGAAAUAAAUCAAACGGUGUCAACAAGACAAGAAAAAUGCCCGAAUCAAAUGGUAACGCAAGUAACUUCAAUUUUACAGCCAGUGUAUCGCUGGAACACGCUAUAAUUUAUAAAACAGCGUUCAUCCUGCUGUCAAUAGGGAUAACGGUGAACAAUGGCAUCGUGUUAUUGUUGUACCAAAAUAACCCAAGAAUGCAAUCGACAAGGAAUAUCUUUCUCGCAAGUCUUGCAUUUUCCGAUCUUUUAGCAGGAAUUGUUGUCAUACCAGUGACAAUGAACUGCUAUGCAGUGAGCGAUUUGAAUGUUUGUACUGCAUCUGGGGUACUUUUUCGUCUGUUGGCUUUCUCUACGAUUCUACACAUAUUGGGAAUUAUGUACGAGAAAUACAUGAGCAUAAUACAUCCGUUUUACUUGUUGGAAAAGAAAAGCCUUCGCUUCGCCAGUGGGUGUAUUUGGUCGACGUCCACUAUAGUCGCACUGGUACCAUUACUUUGGCUGCCUUUCAUCCCACCCAAAGAUCCUGACAUCGACAAGAAAGACUUCUUAUACUUUCUUAUCGCCUUUGUUGUGUUGUUUCUAGCACCGUUGGUGGCGAUCUUCUACGCCCAAGUGCGCAUGUAUCAAGAGAUUAGCAGUUCGUUCAACGCAAGAUUAAGUCAAAGUUCCAAUCAAACAACCAACGAAAAUGCUCAUCUUACAUCCAUAGACUCCGAAUCCAGCAAAAAAAGCAACACAUACAAAGCGCAAGACGAUGGUCAUGUGAAGAUGGCCAUCUUUCAGAAUCGCAGAGUUUUGAAGGCAUUUGCACUGAUGCUAGGAUCAUUCAUAAUGUGUUGGCUUGUUUGGUAUCUCGGAAUUUUUCUUCAUUUGAAAUUCCCGGAUAUUUCGAAACGCAUCUCCAACGAUACAAACCACAUGCUACAGCUUUUGGUUUUUCUUCCACCAUUAACCAAUCCAAUACUUUAUUCGUACUAUAAGCAAGAUUUCCGCGUCGCUUUGCGAUCUUUCCUGAAGAGAGCACGGAAAGGAGCCUGCUCUUAGGAUACUUUUCUUACUUGUUGUUAGUGAAACGAUGAAAAACACGAGUACAUUUUUUGUAAGUGUAUUACAAGUUGUAAAUGGCAGGGUGUAGCGUCAAAUUGUAACCAUUAGAAAGUUCUACAACAUAAAAUUUUAGUGUAGAGCUAGAACUUUCUUCUCUCUAUUGGCGAUAGCCUUUAAUAAGACUAAGGUUCGAAAGAAAGUUUAGGGGGAAGGGAGCGCCCUCAUAUUAUAAAAUGUAAAUAUCUGCAUAUACUAAUAAUCGAGUUUUAUCGUAAUAGUGUUCUAAAACAUGAAUGGCAGUAUAAAUUUGUAUGUCUUCCGUUAUAUAGAGUGUCAAUCAAUAUGUUGUAUCGAUAAAUAUAGCUACAUUGUAACAAUUAAUUUAUAAUGUAUUAUUCAAUAUAAAUACUUGCAUCAACCAA